AGAGCAGAGGUCUGUAGUUCCUGUUGACGUGUUCGUGUAGAUAUGUGAAAGUGACAAGAACGAAAGCUAAGAGGUUUUUUCCUUGAGUUUUCUAUCGUUCCAGGACUUUCACGGAUCGAUUUGAGUUAAGAAAAUGGAGACCCUUUACCACCAGACUAAACAUCAAAUCGAGGAGAUCCAGUCCUAUAUGGGGCGACUGAAGACGACCGAGCGGCAGUCGGUGCACCUGGUCGAAAACGAACUGCAGGCCAGAAUCGAGCAGGUCUUCACUCAUCUGGAACGCCUCAUGAUCCUCGCCGGGAAAGAACCUCCGAACCGCCGUCACAACGCCAAACAGCGUGUGGAGCAGCUGAAGUAUGACGUGCAGCAUCUGCAGUCAGCCCUGAGGAACUUCCAGCAGGGACGAUACACACGCGAGGCUCAGGAGAAGGAAAGGGAGGAGCUCAUGAGUCGCACUUUCACCACCAAUGAUGCAGAUACUUCCAUCCCCAUAGAUGACACUCUUCAGUUUAAUUCCAGCCUGCACAGCGCACACAGAGGCAUGGACGACCUUCUCGGCUCCGGCUCGAGCAUCCUCAACGGUCUCCGCGACCAGAGAAGCACGCUUAAGGGUACCCAUAAGAAGAUGCUGGACGUGGCCAACAUGUUGGGGUUGUCCAACACGGUGAUGCGUCUGAUCGAGAAACGAGCCAGUCAGGAUAAGUUCAUCAUGGUGGGCGGGAUGCUGAUCACCUGCGUCUUCAUGUUCCUGGUAGUCAAAUAUCUCAGCUGAACCUUCUCGCCUCGAACGGACCAAAACAGGAGCGAUUUGUAUUAAUCCAGGUCGGACUCUACAUUGCCUUGUGAUUACAUCGUCCUGUUUGACAACGCCUGAUUUGAUUCCCUGAGCCUAAUUUGAUGUGUUAAAAAAAACAAAAAAAAAACAACCAAAAAAAAAAAGACCUCAGCAACUGGAAAACACUGAUGUUCCUUCUCUAUUUUUUCUCUUGUGUAAAUUCUCAAGUUUAAUAUUCUCUUGAAGGAUGAUGCUGAAAGGAUUGGGUCCACGUGAAAAGAACGAAAACUGGGAGGAGGGUUAUUUAAAGGGGACCAAUACAAACACAUUCACAUGACCGUACAUAUAUCUAUACAAAUCUGUCUGUCUAUACGUACACUCACUAAACACUUUAUGAAGUACACUAUACUGAUACUGGGUAGGGCCUCCCUUUCCUCUCAGACCAGCCUCAGUUCUCAGUCUCAUGGACUCCAUAAGAUGUUGAAAACUUUCCUUUCAGAUUCUGGUCCAUGUUGAUAUGAUUACAUCACGUAACUCCUGCAGAUUUUUCAGGUGCACCUUCAUGCUGCGAAUCUCCUGAUCUACCACAUCUCGAAGGUGUUCUUCUGGAUUCAGAUCCGGUGACUGGGAAGGCCAGUGAAGAACACUGAACUGUCUGACCGUCAUGUUCAUGAAACCAGUGUGAGUUGGAGACGACUUUUUGUGACACGGUGCGUUAUCAAGCUGGAAGAAGCCAUUAGAAGGUAAAGUGUGGUCAUGAAGGGAUGAACAUGGUGAGGAACAAUACUCAAAUAGGCCAUGGCGUUCAAGUCAUGAGUGAUUGGUAUUAACGGGCGCAAAGUGUGCCAAGCAAACAUUCCCCACACCAUUACACCACCUCCACCAGCUUGGACUGUUGGGUCGAUGCAUUCAUGCAGUUGGUGCCAAGAUCUAAACCCUACCACCUGUGUGAUUCAGCAGACCAGGCUAUUGUUUUUCCCGAUCUUUAACUACUCAGUUUUGGUGAGCCUGUACCCACUGCAGCCUCAGCUUCCUGUUCUUGGCCGACGUGGUCUUCUGCUGUUGUAGCUCAUCCGCCUCAAGGUUUGACGUGUUGCACAUAAACACAGUCUGGCCAUUCUCCGUUGCCACUCAAUGGGAAGUUUUUCUUCAUUUCAGUAUUCUGAGUAAACACGACACAGUUAUAGAACUACUCAAACCAGAAAUAUGUCUGGCACCAACAACCAUGCCACGGUCAAAAUCACAGAGAUCACAUAUUUGCCUCGUUCUGAUGGUUGAUAUGAACAUUACCCGAAGCUGCUGAUUGAAAUAACUGCAUGAAUGACUAGGUGUACAGGUGUUCCUAAUAAUAAUAAUAAUCAGUGAGUGUAUCUUCUAUAUACAAUAGCACAAUCUGUCCACUUACUCAAGCCUGCUUGUUGUCCCCUACGUGUCUUGCACAAUAUCGUUCGACUCCAGAGAUUUUUUUUCAGAGAUCUUCUGCAAUAAAGCAAAAGGCUGGAGAAGAAAAAAAAAAGAAGAAGCAAUUUUAGAUGUUUCAGUUAAUUGGAAAUUCCUAGUUUCUGGGAAAAUAGGAAAUGAAAGAUCUUAUUGGACAGCUGCAAACUCUUCUCGAUGCUCAGCUCGUACACAUUGACUGUAAAGCAUCAUCUCUCCUUAGCCCCAGGUACACACACACACACACACACACACAAUUUUCAAAACAUUGUGAAAUCCAUACAUGUCUGUCACAGCUGCAGUUCCAAUAGAAGAAGUGCGUUAAAGCAGGGGUUCCCAAACUUUUCCAGGGCAAGGCCCCCCAGACGGCAUUAACAUUUGACCGAGGUUACCCUUUUGCAAGAUGUCUUUAAAACACAUUAAAAAUACAGACUUCUGAAUAUA